UAAGUGAAAUAUAUGUAGAGUGUUACUGGAUGUAAUAUUGUAAUGAUUUAUGUCAAACGCUGAUUGUUGGUCUCUCGUAAAUGGCGCGACAUUUAUGAGUAAUAUUUUUCUGUGAGUAAAGCGAAUCAACACAUGAGAGAUUUACUUUGCAAUUAUUUUUCGUUCUAUCGAUUAUUUCUAGCAUUUUAAAAGUGACUAAGAAAAGUUUCUAGAUACCGAGAGAAAACUCUGUGAAGAUGGAGCGUGAUGACAGUAUUACAGAAGCAUGCAGAAUAAAAGAUGAAGAGAAUGAAAGAAAAAGAGACCUGAUGGAGCUGAGUGACCAAAGUCAAGAUCUGGAUGAAGUGGAGGAGGAACGUCAGUAUCAGAAACCUGAUUGUGUCACUACUGGAGAACAAUCUUCUAGUUGCUCACAGACUGAAAAGAAACUCCCACAAAAAAGAACAGGAUCCAAAAAAUCUUUUACCUGCCAUCAGUGUGGAAGAAGCUUUCCACGUGAAGGACACCUCUUAGGUCACACGAAAAUUCAUACUGGCCAGAGCCCUUUCACCUGCCAACUGUGUGGAAAGUGUUUCGCUCAGAAAGGAACCUUAAAGAGUCACAUGAGAACUCACACUGGAGAGAAGCCUUUCACAUGCCCUCAAUGUGGAAAGAGAUUCUCAGAUAAAGGGACCCUUAAGAAUCACAUAAGUAUUCACACUGGAGAGAACUGUUUUCCAUGCAAUCAGUGUGGAAAGAGUUUCACACUAAAAGUGUAUCUUAAGAGUCACAUGAGAACUCACUCUGGAGAUAAGCCUUUCACAUGCAUCCAGUGCGGAAAGUGUUUUGCACGUAAAGUUAACCUAGAGCAUCACAUGAGACUUCACACCGGAGAGAAGCCUUUCACGUGCCAUCAGUGUGGAAAGAGUUUCACUUGUAAAGGACGUCUCCAGUGUCACACAAUUACUCACUCUGAAGAGAGCCCUUUUACAUGUCCUCAGUGUGGAAAGGGUUUCAAAAAAAGUGAACACCUUAAGAAUCACAUGAGAAUUCACACUGGAGAGAAGCCUUUCACAUGUCACCAUUGUGGAAAGAGUUUCAAUCAAAAAGGAAACCUUCAGAGUCACAUGAUAAUUCACAAUGAAGAGAAGCCUUUUACGUGUCCUCAAUGUGGAAAGAGUUUCAAACGUACUGGAGAUCUUAAGAGUCACAUUAGAAUUCAUACUGGAGAGAGAUGAUGACUUAAAACCAUACCAGGGAAUGUAUACUGCAGAAACACCUUGACAAGGGCUCACGUUGAGGAAAGUUUUUUUUUGUUACAUUUUUACAAUAGUUAAUAGUUUAAUUUUGAAAUUAAAGCAAAGGACAAUAAUAGGAUAAAAAAGGAAAAAUAAAUUCAAAUAAAAUAUAUAUAUGCAUUAUUUAGAUUUUAGGCAUGGGAGAUUGUCAUGGGUGACAUAGACAACACCCCCCAGCACCCCAACCCACGCUAACAAAUUUUGUUGGCCGGGGGUUGGAGGGUGUUGAAGUGGGGAUUUGUCCUGUAGGGCUGGGCGAUAUGUAAAAAAUAUUUUAGCGAUAAUAGCCUUAAAAAAUAUCGUGAAAUCCUUUUACAUCAACCCACCUGCCGAGAGUAGGUGAAUUAUUUUUCUUUAUUGAUUUUGCUUUAAAAAUUUAAUUCAUAUAUUUAAAAAAAAUGUAAACAAAAGACAUUUCUAAAUUCAAAUUGCACUUUAAACGAAAAAAGCUAUAAAAUAACGAAGUAAUCAAAAAAUCUUAUUUAACCACCUUAUUUAAACAUUUACCGUCUCCAACGGCUCCAUUUGCCAUCACGCAAGCAUCCGCCAACGACAAGUGGAAAAUUACUAAUAGCCUACAGACAAUUAUAAAUGUAAAGACAAUGAUAAUCAAAAUAAAUAAGCCUAAAUAAAGUGGAUUAAACUCACAGCACCUCCCAAGAUGAUCUGAGAUAAUUUGCAGCGUUCUCAUAGACGACAGUAUUCUUGCAAACAGUUUUCAGAUGAAUAAAACAGAAGAGUAAAAACUCUUUACAUGCGCUUGUUCCACGAGACAUGAGACCUGUUCCAGCUCGCGCUGCACGCCUCUGAAUAAACAGCGAAUCAGACGCAAGCAGUAGCUAUGUUUCCAUCCAAGUUGUGAAUUUAAAUUAUGCGAAAAAUCAGAAUAAUCGCAAAAACAAUGUGCGGAUAAAGCCGCGUUUCCAUCCCUUGCGUUCAAAAGAACAAAAUCGUCACUUCGGGGAAAUUGUAGUGACUGUAUGUCUCUUAUUAAUAAAAUAAUCAUGGUUUAGGACAAUGCAGACAAAACACUUUAAUAACUCGUUUCAUGACUGGAAAUGACAGCACGUAUACAAACAAUACCCCAUAAUGACAACAUGAAAGAAGUUUGUUUGAAAUCUUUGCAAAUUUAUUAAAAAUAAAAAACGAAGAAAAAAAAAAAAAAAAAAAAAAAAUCACAUGUACAUAAGUAUUCACAGCCUUUGCUCAGUACAUUGUUGAAGCACCUUUGGCACCAAUUACAGCCUCAAGUCUUUUUGAGUAUGAUGCUACAAGCUUGGCACACCUAUUUUUGGGCAGUUUCUCCCAUUCUUCUUUGCAGGACCUCUCAAGCUCCAUCGGGUUGGAUGGGGAGCGUCGGUGCACAGCCACUUUCAGAUCUCUCCAGAGAUGUUCAAUCGGGUUCAAGUCUGGGCUCUGGCUGGGCCACUCAAGGACAUUCACAGAGUUGUCCCAGAGCCACUCUUUUGUUAUCUUGGCUGUGUGCUUAGGGUCGUUGUCCUGUUGGAAGAUGAACCUUCGCCCCAGUCUGAGGUCCAGAGCACUCUGGAGCAGGUUUUCAUCAAGGAUGUCUCUGUACAUUGCUGCAUUCAUCUUUCCCUCGAUCCUGACUAGUCUCCCAGUUCCUGCCACUGAAAAACACCCCCACAGCAUGAUGCUGCCACCACCAUACUUCACUGUAGGGAUGGUAUUGGCCAGGUGAUGAGCGGUGCCUGGUUUCCUCCAGACAUGACGCUUGCCAUUCAGGCCAAAGUGUUCAAUCUUUGUUUCUCAUGGUCUGAGAGUCCUUCAGGUGCCUUUUGGCAAACUCCAGGCGGGCUGUCAUGUGCCGUUUACUGAGGAGUGGCUUCCGUCUGGCCACUCUACCAUACAGGCCUGAUUGGUGGAGUGCUGCAGAGAUGGUUGUUCUUCUGGAAGGUUCUCCUCUCUCCACAGAGAAAUGCUGGAGAUCUGUCAGAGUGACCAUCAGGUUCUUGGUCACCUCCCUGACUAAGGCCCUUCUCCCCCGAUCACUCAGUUUGGCCAGGCAGCCAGCUGUAGGAAGAGUCCUGGUGGUUCCAAACUUCUUCCAUUUACAGAUGAUGGAGGCCACUGUGCUCAUUGGGACCUUUAAUGCUGCAGACAUUUUUCUGUACCCUUCCCCAGAUCUGUGCCUCGAUACAAUCCUGUCUCGGAGGUCUACAGACAAUUCCUUGGACUUCAUGGCUUGGUUUGUGCUCUGACAUGCACUGUUAACUGUGGGACCUUAUAUAGACAGGUGUGUGCCUUACCAAAUCAUGUCCAAUCAACUGAAUUUACCACAGGUGGACUCCAAUCAAGUUGUAGAAACAUCUCAAGGACGAUCAGUGAAAACAGGAUGCACCUGAGCUCAAUUUUGAGUGUCAUGGCAAAGGCUGUGAAUACUUAUGUACAUGUGAUUUUUAAUAAAUUUGCAAAGAUUUCAAACAAACUUCUUUCACAUUGUCAUUAUGGGGUACUGUUUGGAGAAUUUUGAGGAAAAUAAUGAAUUUAAUCAAUUUUGGAAUAAGGCUGUAACAUAACAAAAUCUGGAAAAAGUGAAGCGCUGUGAAUACUUUCCAGAUGCACUGUAUAAGAUAUUCUUUAAAAGUAUCAAUAAACCUGCUCUUCUGGAAAAAGUGCAAGUUUGUGUUUAGCUUACUUGCUCUGCAAACUCUAUGCAGGCUUUGGAUUUUUAGGACACCGGUGAUUCAGAAUGACCAGGGCAACGGUUCAGUUUCGAUGAUUGGUCCGCUGGUUCGUCCAGUUAUGAAUAAAUUAUUCAGUCACAUGAUUUUUUGAUGCGCUUCUUGUAUUCCUGUUAAAUUAAAUAGGAGUUUAUUCGGUAAAUCUGUUUCUAUCAUAGUUUAUGCACAUUUCUUAUCAAAUAAAAAAUGUAUCCACUUCAAGCGAGCAUAUAAGUUUCCAUGUGCAUUUUGGUGAUUUUAUUCGCAUCUUGGUAUUUCCAUCCAGCAGAUUUUAUGCAAUAUCCUAAAAUGCGCAUAAAAAAAAGCAUUGUUGGAAACACAGCUAUUGACGGCUUUUCUUUUGUCUGUUCUUAAAAAUAUAAUAAAGUGUAUUACUUCAAGUACGUGUCUUUGUGACUAACAGCAUUUCUUGUCAUGUGUCACUCCGAGACGUCUUGCAGCAGGUUGCCCGCCUGUUGUGGGUAGAUGAUCAAAAUUACCUGCGCAUAAAAUACAUUUGGACAAGGACCUUGCGAACUGGAUUCAGCCUCGGUGCAUUUGGCGGGUGGUGGGUGCUAGUUUCACACCCUGGUCACCGUUUAAUAUAUUUGGUGACUUCCCAUCUCCAUCGUUUUGCCAUUUCCCGAUAUUGUCGAUCAUGUCCGUUCGGAAUCAGCAUCGGGAUUUUUGUAAGACAUAGUUGAUAUCCGAUUACAUCGUCCUAUCGGCAAGCCCUAUCGCCCAGGGCACCAUACAAGCUAGAACGCCACUGCAUGCACGUACACUUACACAUUCUUACUGUUUCUGCCAGUUUCUACAAAGUGCAUUAAUACAUUUUCUAUAGCUGGGUUUCCAUCCACAUAUUUUUAUGCGCAUUUUGGGAUAUUGCAUAAAAACCGCUGGAUGGAAACACCAAGAUACGAAUAAAUGUUUUAUUCCAUAAAAAGAAAUUCGCAUAAACUACGAUGGAAACACAUUUACCGAAUAAACUACUUUUGAAUUUAUUAGGAAUACAAGAUGCGUAUCAAACAAUGUUUGAUAAAAACAUUUGCCCCAUGAAAAAGUGUGGGGUUUUAUUGAAAGUGAGGGGGACACAUCCCCUACAUCCCCCGCGUAUUCUACGCCCCUGAAAUAAUGGUGUCCUGAAAAUUCAAAGCCUGCAAUGUGUUUGCAGUGUGAAUAAGUGGAAUACAAACUUGAACUGUGCCGAAGAGCAGGUGUAAUAUAGAUUUGCAUGGUAAAGUCAUAAGGAAUCAGGAACACACACAGAUGGUACUCCCAGAACUGUGUGACGUGCUGUCGCUCACAGACAUGAGACAAAGUUGAAAUUUUGUCUGCUCUAAACCACAAAUAUUUUAUUAAUAAGAGAGUCACAGUAGCUACAAUUCAUCCGGAAGUGACAAUUUUGUUCUUUGUAACACUUGGGAUGGAAAUGUGACUGUUUGCAUAUUUUCAUAAACUUUUCCAAAGACAACUCCUGUAUCCAUUGUUUAUACUGGGGCUAUCGUACUUCUCCAGUGUCUAGCAUUUAUAAGUUUUGCUUGUAAUAAACAUAAGAUUAACAGUUUCUUUCCAGAGCCAGUUAGAGUGGAUGUUACUGGAAAAAUAGUAUACAAAGCUUAGGACAUUUAGGGAUAUUUUGUAUCAACACAACAGUUUAACACCUUUUCCCAAAAUAGAGGUGAAUUAGGGGGCAUUCCCAUAAGCAGUGAAAUCCUUUCUCUGAAUUACAUUGACACAAUAAUCAGGAAUAUUAGGAUUACAUUUCGGUAAUAAUCUGGGUGUUAUAUAUACUCUCAUAAUCCAUUUAUACUGCAUCAGUUUAAAAGAAAACAGUUUUACUGCUUCAGAAACCCUGAAAGGACAUGAUAGUGUGCACACUGUAAAGAAGACUGCCCUUCAAGUGUGAUGAAUUUACCUACAAGAUGAGAUGUCUUCUAAGAAGGUAAUUAGCUGUAGCAGAGAAGUUUGUGCUUGUUCAAGUAAAGAAGCUAAAGGGAAGAUCAAAAUAUUACUUCAGUAAACUAGUGUCCACAGUGUUUGAAGGGGUUUGAUUCUCUUUUAUGAUAGGGAAUAGCAAUAGCAUUAAAUGUAUUACAUUAUGGCAGAUGCUAUUUGCACCUUGGUGCAAAUAAAGGUAGAUGUUAUAUACUGUCAGAAGGGGGCGGAAAAAUGUGUUUGACGGUUUGCCUACAAUUCAUGCUGUGAAAGUGUCUCUUGUGUGGAAUUGCUUUAAAUUGUGGGAGAAUAAAUGUUGGCUGAAUCAGUUACAAUUGCUUCAGUUUUUUGUUUUUUUAUUACUUUUUUUCAUAACUCAGAAUGUGUUUCUGUGUCAAAGUGAGCCACAAUUACGGUGCACAUUGCGUAAGUUAAAAUGUAAAAUAUCAGGGCACUCGUACAUUAAGCAAUGUUUCAACAUAAACAAACGCUGUAAACUACAUUUAGCAAAUAAGCUCGCAGAUAAUAUUGCAGAAUUUGUCGUUCAUCAGAUUUUACAUUAGUGUUUGAAUACACGGAGGGGGAAAAAAUAUCAAAAAUAACACAUUCAAAUGUUAUUCAUUGAUAAGGUAUUGGAAUCCUGUUGUUUUAUUAACAUUUGAGGUGUGGGAUAUCUUAAUUUAAAUAUUAAUACAUGCACAUAAUUAGGAACCAGACUGUCUUCCACAUCAUUUUG